AUGAAGUCAGUCCUCUGGAGCCUCCUGUCCUGCGCCUCACUGCUGCUGUCUGAUGUCCUGGCCACAUACCACCUCAGUGCGGGGGACCCUCAGCUCACAGCCGCACAGAGCUUCGCACAAACCAGGAACAAUGGCCGACCACCGUUCAGGACCCUCAAUCCAGCAAAGACAGACUCUCAGUGCAGGAGCCGUCCCCUGGACCUGGUCUUUAUCAUUGACAGCUCUCGCAGCGUGCGUCCCGGUGAGUUUGAAAAGGUGAAGAUAUUCCUGGCUGACAUGGUCGACACGUUGGACGUCGGCUCGGAAGCCACCAGAGUAGCUGUGGUCAACUACGCCAGCACGGUCAAAAUCGAGUUCCUGCUCAAAAACCACUUCAACAAACCUGACAUGAAGAAAGCCAUUUCCCGCAUCGAGCCCUUGGCAACCGGCACCAUGACUGGCCUCGCCAUCAAGACGGCAGUGAACGAAGCCUUCACAGAGCAGUCUGGAGCCCGGCCUCGCUCAAGGAAUAUCUCCAAAGUGGCCAUCAUUGUAACAGACGGGAGACCACAAGACCAAGUGGAAGAGGUGUCGGCUGCUGCCCGGGCCUCAGGCAUUGAGAUCUACGCUGUCGGGGUGGACCGUGCCGACAUGCGCUCCUUGAAGCUAAUGGCCAGCAUCCCUCUGGAAGACCACGUCUUCUAUGUGGAAACCUACGGCGUUAUCGAGAAGCUCACCUCUAAGUUCAGGGAGACCCUGUGCGGUCUGGACCCCUGUGCCAUGGGACAUGACUGCGAGCACAUAUGUGUCAACAGCAAUGCCUCGUAUUACUGCCAGUGCCGGAAUGGUUAUAUCUUGAAUGCGGACAAGAAAACAUGUUCCCUGAAACAGGUGAAGGCAGUGGUGGUGGAGGAUCCCUGUAAAUGUGAAGCCAGACUGGCCUUCCAGAAGCAGACACAAGCUGCCAUCCAGCAGCUCACAGCCAAGCUGGCCGAUGUGUCCGGGAGAAUCGAGAGUCUGGAGAACAUGGUGGGCCGUGCUUGA